UCGAAAGUCGCGCUCCUCUUCGAUCCGCGGUCAAACAAAACCAUUCUAAACCACUUUUGUGGUUCCAAAAGUCAAAACAGUAGGGUGUGCUGUCCGGAUUUUCCUUCGGAAACUGAGGAAUCAUUAAAAGCAAAAUCAUUUUUUGCUUUGUUCACAAUUCACGCUGGGUAAAAUGGCAAAACGUGGAGCCCAAUCGGAUUUGAACCAUGACAACUGGCACGAGGAAGACGAAUCGGAGGAUGCCGGUAAGUUCACCCAGGCCCCAGAGGAAGAACUCAAGAAGCGCGUUAUAAAAACCGCUCGUCGGCGGGUUGCCGGCGAAUCGGCCGGUACUUCCGACAGCAGUUCCGUGUUUAGUGGAUUUAAGGGUUUUUCUGCGGUAACAUCUACCCCGGCAACAACGGUAAAGCCAGGUGCGGGUGCAGCUGCCAGUCCAUUCUCGUUUCUGACUAGUCUUGCUGCUAGCAGUAAACCCGCCAAUGGAUCAGCCGCUCCUUCGGUAGCUACCGGAGGAUCGAUUGGAAGUGCUACAACAUCUGCGCUCGGAGCAAGCAUCUCUGCUACUACGGAUCCGAGCAAGAAAAUCUUCGCCGGCUUCGGGAGUCCACCCAAGGUGGACAUGAUUUCCGAAAAGAAACAAGAUACGACAUCAGGGUCGGCAGAUUAUGCGGCAAGCAUUAAAGCACUGAAUCAGUCGGUAGCCGCCUGGAUUUCGAAUAAGGUAAAGGAGAAUCCUCUGUGCAAGUUGACUCCGAUUUUUAAGGAUUAUGAAAAGUAUCUUGGGGAACUCGAAAGCAAAAACAAGUCUGAAGCGACAGAAUCCGGUAAAUCUUCGACUGUCGCAACGUCUGGCGGAUUUUCGUUUGGAAGCGUGGCUCCUGCUGCUUCAGUUCCAAAACCGCAGGAAACAACAACAAAACCAUUCAGUUUUGGUUUCGGAAGCUCGUCGACAACUGCUGCUCCUUCGGCAACUAGCUUCACAUUUGCAAACGUUGCCAAACCAAUAGUCAGCAAAUCAGAGACGGACAAGACAGAGGAGGAUGCCGAGGAAGAGGAUAACCCUCCGAAAGUCGAAUUCACACCGGUCGAGGAAAAGGACAGCUUGUACUCGAAACGAUGCAAAUUGUUUGUCAAAGCUGACGGCAAGUACUCGGAUCGGGGUGUUGGAACACUGCACAUAAAAAAGGUGGAUUCAAAGGUGCAAGUUCUUGUUCGAGCCGACACUAAUCUGGGAAACAUUUUGCUGAAUAUCGUCCUGAACGAAGCAAUUCCCCUGCAAAGAAUGGGCAAGAAUAAUGUGAUGAUGGUUUGUCUACCGACGCCGGAAUCAAAACCACCACCGACGUCGGUAUUACUAAGGGUCAAAACCGAAGAAGAUGCGGACGAACUGUACGAAACGCUGAACAAACACAAACCUAAGUAAAAAGUUUCAAUUUUUUCUAAUUGCAAUAUAAAUUUCAGUUCUCUGCA